CACACUUGUUAUUAGUGGCAUGAGGGCGGGCCAGAGAUGACCCGCUGCACCGUGUGCACACCCUCUACCUUGGCACCCCUGUCGUGCAGCGCACACUUGCCUUUGUCCUCAUGAUACACGAACAUGACACACCCGUCGUGCUUCCGGCACUUGGCCUGACACUGCAGCGCACCCAAAUGCGCAUCGUCGGCCGACUUGUGCUUGCCCUUGCCCUUCUUGAUGACGGAUUUGUGUGUGGCCUCCAGACCCACAUCGACCCCCACACAGCCACAGGGAAGGGCAGAGGAAUCCGACACUGAGACACAGAACGAACAUUGCCUUCGAGCGAUCGGUCUUACAGUGCUGCUUGGCGGUGUGCUGUGUGUACGUGUGAUGAUGUCCGAUGGUGUGAGGGUGGUGCUGUCGGCGAGCACAGGUACGGCCCUCACGUACUUGACCUUCCGCUCGCUCCGCCCGCCAGUCAGCCUGUUGACAGGGAUGAUUUCCUCAUAAUCCACUUUCUCCCUCUCCAGCAGCAGACUAGGCUCGUCAAGCUCGGCCAGCCCACCGGCCGUGUCUGCGCCAUGCACCCGCCAUGUCUUGAUGCCGGUCACCCCAUUGUACGAGAGAUGGAGAGUGGCCAUCUCUCCUUUCGCCGCGCAGAGCAGGGCCCUUGGUGGGGCUGUCGAGUGGCCACGCCACGGGGCCAGGUGGGCACGGUAGAGCCGCAUGCGAGAGGAGCUUGGGGCGGGCCGCAACUCGGUGACGAUGGCACCGUCUGAGUCGACCUCUGUGGUCAAGGGGACAUGCUCGUUCUUUGGAAGACCGCCGUGGGCUGCACUCAAGCACACGCAGAUCAGAUGGGUAGGUUUCCAUCAACCCAGGUGCGUGUCUCUCUCGCAUACCGAUGAGUGUGUGUCCGUUGCCCAGCCGCUGCACGCUCCCGCAGCAGCCGGCGAUACCCUGACUGUCAGGGUGCCUCCACUCCCACACCUUGGUUGCCGUCAUGGCGUCAGUGUCGAGGGCGUACUCGACAACUCGCGAGUAGCCCCUCUCAUCCAGAUGAGACGACCCCCAGUUGUCCCACAUCAGGAUGUGGCCGUUGUCUAGCAUAUGAGGCUUGUGCUGCGAUCUGAAGGGGGUCUCGGGGGGGUCGUUGACAAAGGUGAAGUCGCUGUUUGUGCCGCCGAGCUGCCACUGAAUGGAGCCGUCUUUGCGCGAUAUCAUGACGAUCUGGUUUGCGUUGCGGAGGGAGAUGAGGAUGUUGUUCCUGUCUGGGGUGUACUCGCAGUUGUUGAUGUGGUAGCUGUCGAGGAAGAGCUCAUCGCGGGCUGGGUCGUCAUCACCGGUGAGGAAAUCCUGACUCCGCCACUGACACACAUAAUACAUGCAGAGAGGGAGGAGUCGACGUGGCUGUGUGGAUGGGGGGACUGGGUGUGUUGUGUUGUGUGCGACCUCGAAGAGGACGUCGCCUUUCUUGUCGAUCUCUUGGACAAGGACGUGUAUCCGGCCAUCAGUGACGUGGCGGUCGAAGGCACACAUGAGGACACGCUCGUCCUCUAAUAUGUCCAUGUGAUGCUCAUCCGUCAGAUACCUGCGCACAGCACACACAUACACAUACACACACGGGAAGCUCAGCUGUUCGAGGCCUGCCUUUCUCACCGAGCGACCCCGGCACCGACUCACCCGUGGCCUGGCCGAUGGGCGCCGACAACGCGAUAGUGGUCAUCAAUCUCAAUUCCCUUCCUCUCGGGGUCAUCGUUGGCAUAAGUCGAGCCAACCAGCACGUUCAAGUUGCCGUCGAGCUGCGGCCGGAAGUCCAUGCCCUCCUUGCCGUCCUCCAGCCGCCCCCACCACACCAGCCGGCCGUCACGGGUGAGUAUCAUCAGAUAUGGCGCGAUGAAGCGGCUUGCUGUGAAGAGAUACAGAGGGUGGUCGCCAUCUGCCGACCUCGCCUCAUCAUGUGCCUUGCUGUUGGUGAUGAGGUAGCGGGGGAAGUCCGUUGGGACGGUGUGGAAUGAGGGAGGGGGGUAGGCACCCUCACCAUCACUCGCCCUCUGGUUGUCCUUGUCUUUGUCCCGCCUCUUCUUGUCCUUCGGCUUGGUCGACUCAUUUGGCACGAAGGGGUGCUCAGAGAUGGUGAACGACCAGCUGAAGCUGUCAACGCUCACAGUAACAUUCUCCCCUGCACGGAAAGGUUCCUUCGGUUGAAAGAUGGCCGUCCUUUCAUCCGUCGCCACCCUCACUUUGCCCUUGUCCGUGAUGUCGCCGCUCUUGCUGCCGACCACCUUGAUUGUACCAUUGGGUGGGGUGGUCGUCUUGCCCGACCGCAUGCCGAUGGUUGUCUUGGGCGAAACGAGUGUAGAACCAGGGAGGGGGUGCAGGUACUCGUAGCCGCCAUGCGACAGCGAUGGCUGGGGCAGCAAAGAGAUUGUGAGGCACGCAGCGGUGACAAAGGCCGGCAGAAUCAUCCGUCCAGAAUAAUAUGAGCGCACUGCUCACUAGCGCACACUAUUC